AGGGCGGCCCCGCCCCGCCCGCGUCAGGCUGGCCAGGCUUCAGUCACAACACGGUGGGGCUCCCUGGCUGCGCCCGGCCCGGCAGCUACGGGCCCAGCGCCUGGUGGCGGCGCUGAGGGGUCGCCGAGAGGGGCCCGGCGGCGUCUGCGGGGGCCGCUCCCUCGGUGGACCGCGGGCGAGGCAUGAGCGCGGGCUCCCCCUGCCUCCGGAGCGCCGGCGGGGGACCGCGGGGCAGGAGAUGUGCCUGUCCUUAGCGGCCCAGGAAGCAGCAUGCACCCCGAUGCGACCGACAGUGGCGGCGCUGGCUUCAGCCCCGCGCGGGCCGCAGUCGCCGGCGGCCGUCCUGCCCCGGGCUUCAGGGACGAGCGGCGGCCGGAGUCCCCGGGGGACGCGGAGGCAGCCGCGGCGGCACCGGGGGGCCCGGGCGGCCGGAGCUGGUGGGGGCCCGUGGCGGUGGCCGCACUCGCCGCCGUGGCCCUCUCCUUCCUGGGGCCGGGCGGCGGGGAGGCUGCGGGGGCCGCGGGGCUGAGCUCCGUCCUGCUCAGGCUCAGCCUGUACCUGAGCUGCGCUGCGGCCGCCUUCCUGCUGGGGACCCUGUUCGCCCUAGUCUGCCGGAGCCCGCGCGCCCCGCCGCCCGACUUCGCCACCGCCUGGAGCCGGCUGGCCGCGACCUCAGCCGCCCGCCGCCCGCCGUGGAGUCCUAUGUAUGGAAACUGGCAUGAAUCAGCUCAGUCUAGAAGGGUAGUAAUUUCUCAUAAUAUGGAUAAAGCUCUGAAAGAAGUGUUCGACUACAGUUAUAGAGAUUACAUUCUGUCCUGGUAUGGAAACCUCAGCAGAGAUGAGGGACAACUUUACCAUCUGCUCUUGGAAGACUUUUGGGAAAUUGCCAGACAGCUGCACCACAGACUGAGUCACGUGGAUGUGGUUAAAGUUGUCUGCAAUGAUGUUGUGAGGACUUUACUCACUCAUUUCUGUGACCUGAAAGCUGCUAAUGCCAGACAUGAAGAACAGCCGAGGCCUUUUAUGUUGCACGCAUGCUUGAGGAACUCAGAUGAUGAAGUAAGAUUUCUACAGACGUGUUCUCGGGUUCUGGUGUUUUGUCUCCUCCCCUCAAAGGAUGUACAGUCUCUCAGCUUACGUAUAAUGCUUGCAGAAAUUCUCACAACAAAAGUCUUGAAGCCGGUAGUGGAGUUACUGAGUAAUCCAGACUACAUUAACCAAAUGCUGCUUGCCCAGCUGGAGUACAGAGAGCAGGUGAAUGAGCAUCACAAGAGAGCCUACACCUAUGCCCCCUCUUAUGAGGACUUCAUCAAGCUCAUUAACAGCAACUCUGAUGUGGAGUUCUUGAAGCAACUAAGGUAUCAAAUUGUAGUGGAAAUAAUCCAAGCGACUACAAUCAGCAGUUUUCCCCAACUGAAGAGGCACAAAGGUAAAGAAACUGCGGCAAUGAAAGCUGAUCUCCUGAGGGCCAGGAACAUGAAGAGGUACAUCAACCAACUGACUGUGGCAAAGAAGCAGUGUGAGAAGAGAAUCCGAAUCCUGGGAGGCCCUGCCUAUGACCAGCAAGAGGAUGGGGCCCUGGAGGAGGGGGAAGGGCCUCAAAGCCAGAAGAUUCUUCAGUUUGAAGAUAUCUUGGCCAAUACUUUCUACCGAGAGCACUUUGGAAUGUACAUGGAAAGGAUGGACAAGAGAGCUCUGAUUAGUUUUUGGGAAUCUGUGGAACAUUUAAAGAAUGCUAACAAGAAUGAAAUUCCACAAUUAGUUGGUGAAAUUUAUCAGAAUUUCUUUGUGGAGAGCAAAGAAAUAUCUGUGGAAAAAUCACUUUACAAAGAAAUUCAGCAGUGUCUUGUAGGAAAUAAAGGUAUUGAAGUAUUCUACAAAAUCCAGGGAGAUGUUUAUGAGAUCCUAAAGGAUAGGUAUUACCCUUCAUUUAUUGUCAGUGACCUGUAUGAGAAAUUGUUGAUAAAAGAGGAAGAGAAACAUGCCUCACAGAUGAUUUCCAACAAGGAUGAGACGGGCCCAAGAGAUGAGGCUGGUGAGGAAGCCGCGGAUGACAGUACCAAUCGGAUCAAUGAACAAGCCAGUUUUGCUGUAAACAAACUGCGAGAACUAAAUGAGAAACUUGAAUAUAAAAGGCAAGCUCUAAAUUCUAUUCAAAAUGCACCAAAACCUGACAAGAAGAUUGUUUCCAAGUUGAGGGAUGAAAUAAUCCUAAUAGAGAAAGAACGCACAGACCUUCAGCUGCACAUGGCAAGAACGGAUUGGUGGUGUGAAAACCUUGGCAUGUGGAAAGCCUCCAUCACCAGUGGAGAGGUUACAGAAGAGAAUGGUGAGCAAUUGCCGUGUUACUUUGUCACGGUAAGCCUACAAGAAGUUGGAGGAGUUGAAACUAAGAACUGGACAGUCCCUAGAAGGCUCAGCGAGUUUCAGAAUUUACACCGGAAACUCAGUGAGUGCGUCCCUUCUUUAAGAAAAGUCCAGUUGCCUUCUCUUAGCAAGCUGCCUUUCAAAUCUAUAGAUCAAAAGUUUAUGGAGAAGUCGAAGAAUCAGUUAAAUAAGUUUUUACAGAAUCUGCUGUCAGAUGAAAGACUGUGUCAGAGUGAAGCACUUUAUGCCUUCUUGAGCCCUUCUCCUGACUACCUCAAGGUUAUUGAUGUGCAGGGGAAAAAAAAUUCCUUUUCAUUAUCCUCAUUUUUGGAAAGACUUCCUCGCGACUUCUUCUCCCACCAGGAGGAGGAGACAGAGGAGGACAGUGACCUGUCAGAUUAUGGCGAUGACGUGGAUGGGAGGAAAGACGCCUUGGCUGAACCAUGUUUCAUGUUGAUUGGGGAGAUUUUUGAACUUCGAGGAAUGUUUAAAUGGGUGAGAAGAACAUUAAUUGCCCUCGUUCAGGUCACUUUUGGAAGAACCAUCAACAAACAAAUCCGGGACACAGUCAACUGGAUUUUCAGUGAACAAAUGUUGGUUUACUACAUCACUAUUUUCCGGGAUGCUUUUUGGCCACAUGGGAAGUUGGCACCACCGACCACAAUCAGAAGCGAAGAGCAAAGUCAGGAAACAAAACAGAGAGCGCAGCAAAAGCUGCUUGAAAACAUUCCAGAUACGCUUCAGAGCCUUGUUGGACAGCAAAAUGCCCGCCAUGGUAUAAUAAAAAUAUUCAGUGCACUGCAAGAAACAAGAGCCAACAAGCAUCUGUUAUACAAUAAUAGUGCUUAGCCGUUGCUUCGUUCCUGGUGAUGCCCAAGCCGAGCUGGAGACACCUUGCGUGGUAGAAGGACGCCAUUGCCAUGCCUCUGCUGAUGAACUCCGGGAGACAGUCUGUGACCUGGGCAAUCAUGGGGAUGUCGUGCACCUCAUCAUAGUCAGCAAUCCUGAGAGGACGUAGAGUGGUGAAAUGGAGAAGGACAUCAGUUAUGGCGUAAGUGUUUGUAAAACGAUGUGCCUAGAAACUGACCUUGUCCCCGAAGUGAUUUCUCUCUACUGCUUUGAAAACUAAGUUGUUUGCAGCGUGGUGAAGGGUUCGUAUAGCCAACUCAUACCAGGAGAAGGCGAGCUUACCAUAGUGGUGACUUUACAUCGUCUCUGUAAUUAUGCUCAGCAGGCUCAAUCACCAUUAGAAAACAAAGGUAUGUUUCUUUUUUCUUGUCAUAUUACUCUUGGAAGUUGAAUGUCACUGUGGAUUUAAACUGCGUGGAGAAGAAAGCAUUUUCCACUUCUUUGGAUCACGUAUGGAAACAGCCACCUUCAAUUUGGACAUUAGCCACAUAGGACCAGAAAACCCUUUCACUAGCCCAUCUUUAAAAAUGGACAAGGGAAAGAAGUCAUCCUUUACACCCAGACACAAAUACGUAGAAUCGUGUGAGAAUGCGAUCCGGUCACCUCCACGUUAACCACAAUGUUAACGGAGUAGGAAUGCGGGAAAUAAUGGAAAACGCCAAAGAUUUUAAAGAAUGAUUUAAAGCUUUAGUUCUAACUAAGAUGGACACUUGCUUUGAGAUAUGGGCAAUCACUCCUGUAAGUGGUCUGCUGCCUGGAGCCCGAGACGCUGGGGACGCGGGUAGAAGCAGCCCCUCCCUCCCUCCAUCCUCUUGUAGAUCACUGCCCUGCACUAGGGCUCGGAGAGAGGGGAGACCUGGCGCUGUGGGAAGGGUGUGACUGGGAAACACCAGCACACGCAGAGUCUGAUGGGCACUCCAGAGUACACCCAGGUCUGUGUCCCCGACACACUGCUUUUAUCCACUGGGUAAAUAAGUGUGGGAAAGUACACGGAGCCUUACAGACUCCGGGAAAAGACGUUUUUGUAUAUUUUAUUAGAUAUAGUCUCAGUCUUUCACCAUAUUCUCAUGUUCAGUUCUUACGGAGCUAUAUGUAGUUGUGCAGUUAUAGAACUGCAUGGCCAAGGAGUGUAGGAAGAAAUGAAGACGUGAUAAACGGGUGAUAUGCCAAGCUGUGUUAGGUACACUAUUAUGAUCCUGCUAUAAAGGUAUUCUCUUCUUACACAUAAAGCAAUUGCUCCUUAAGCAACUUGCUUCAGCUAGUAGCACUGAAAUCCUGAAGGCUAAUGGCAUAGAAUUGUGCUAUCUAGUAUGGUAACCACUAGCCAUAUGAAUAUUUAUGUUAAUUAACAUUUAAAAGUUUAGUGCUAAGUUGCAUUAGACAUAUUUCAAGUGCUCAGUAGCUACCAUUGCUAAUACCGCAGAAAGCUCUGUGAAGGAUUUGGCAUAGAACAUUCUUAGGCAUUCUUGUCAAUGCUUCAUCCAGUUUAUUCCAACACUACUGCUAGGGUUUGAAUAAUAAGUUCCUUCCAAAAUCCCAGUGUUGCUAGUGUGAUCCCUCAAGAGGCAAUGAGGCCAUGAGAGCACCUCCCUCAUGAACAGGACUAAAGCCCUUUUAUAAAAGAGGUUUCCUGUAGCUUUCCGCUGUCACGGGAGGACAUGAUGGUCCUCCCCUAUGGAGGUUGCAGCCCUCACCAGACAAGCACACCUACCUUGAUCUUGAACUUCCUGGCCUCUGGAACCGUGGGAAAUAAAUUUCUGUUUCUUAAUACCUAGUGUGUGGUAUUCUGUUACAGCAGCACAAAACAGACACAGACAUUCACCUUUUAGAAAAUGCAACACACUUUGUAAAAAAUUUCAUCUUAUAGUAAUACUCCACGAGAUUCCCUUGAGCAUAGACGUUUCCGCGUUCUGCUGCUUCUCUUAAGCAAUGCAGGGCAGCUUCCGUAUCCUGCCGGAUGCCUUGUCCGUACAAGUACAUGAGACCAAGUGCACCCUGGGACUCCAGAUUUCCAUUGCCACAUGCUUCUGAAUGCCAGUAAAAUGCCUAAGAAAAGCACAGUUUCAUCAUUGUAUUGUGAUCCACUAGAUGAAAUUAUAAGGGAAUACUAGACAGAAAAGAAAUCUGUGGCUCCUAGAUAGCACCGUUAACCAUCUCUAGGAGAGAGCUGUAGGCCUUGGGACGCAUUUCACACUAGCACACAUGCCUAACGCUGUGUGGAGGUGAGUUCCUCUGCCGUCUCUCCGCAGUGCAGAUGAGGUCACAGUCCAGACAGCUUAGGGCAGAGAAGGACCAGCUGUCCUAGGUUUCAGGAUUUGGGGACCUUCCAGAGUAGGGAUCAGGAAGGUGCCAAAUAGGAACUAAGUGUCUGAAAGGCAUGUGGCCAGCAGAGGAGAGGAGACUGCUGAUGGUGAGGGAGAGUUCGAGCUCCCUGUGGAUUCUAGAGAUGGCAGCUCCUGCGAUCAAAGACAACCCCGAUAAACGCUGUAUGUAGCCUCAAGCACAUUUGCCUCAUACUCCGCUACAGGGAAUUUGAACUCGUUUACAAAAUUCCAGGUGGCUGCUCAUCUAUCCGAAGGUGGCCUUACUUGUUAUAUGCCUCUUGCAAACUUGCCAUUAACUCCUCUCUUACAAGUAGGACUCGGCCCCCAUUUCCUUCUCCCUAUAGGAUUUUUUUUUGGAAACUGUUUCAACCGUGGAUGAAAGAUUAUAUUUCUGUGAAAAUCUUAGAUAGAGUUUAUUUGUAACUAAUUCUUAGUAUAUUUUAUUUAUUAGUAUCAAUUAUUUCUCAAGUCACUGCUAAUAUUCAUCUAUUCAUGAUUAAAAGGAUUUUGGCCGUAAUUUUAGGACUGUUUCUCUUCUUUUAGCUUUGAUACUAUAGUACACAAAAUACUCUCACAUUCAUGGUUUCCUUCUAUAGAGGUAGGGAAGAGGACAUUUAUAAAUGAAAGGGCUUUGAGAUCCUAAAAUGUACACUUCCUUUACAUUUUAAGGAAAUAGAGAUUUAAAACAACAUUCCCCACCA